UACCACUUCCGCUAACGUUGGAAGUCUUGUGUGUGGGAAUUAUGACGAAGAUUCAAACAACAACUAUGAGAUGAGAAAUAUAACUGACGUUAAUAGUGGCCGUGUGUCUACUAACUUGAAGGAAUCUUGCAAUUCAUACGUCAGUAUACCUAUGCCUGGAUCGGCGUUGUACACGCUGCGUCCAGAGAAUUUAACGAAGACUCUUGAACAGGGUUUCGAGCUUGAACUUAAUCAAGACUGUUCAGUGUGUUUAGAGUCUAAGGGUGCUUGUGGAUACAAUGAGACUUCAAGAUCAUUUGUCUGCUAUUGUAACGAUGGAACCUUCGGGAAUAAUUGUAGCUCUAAAAAGAAAAGUCACGGGACUUUGGUCAAAGCAAUUCCCAUAGUUGGGGGUUCAGUAGCAGGAGUUGUUUUGUUCCUGGUCUUCUUAACGUCGCUUCCCUGUUUGCUCCGGAAGAGAGAAACACGGCUGAGACAACAGAAUCUGAAGGCAAUUCCACUCGAACACUCUUUUGUGGAAGUGAAGAGAAUUACAAAAUCUUUUGUGGAAGUGGUUGGGACAGGCGGAUUUGAAAUUGUUUAUCGAGGAACACUUAGUGACAGUCGUAUGGUUGCGGUGAAGGUCUUGAAAGACUCAAAGGGCAAUGGUGAAGACUUCAUCAAUGAAGUUGCUAGCAUGAGCAGAAAUUCUCAUCUCAACAUUGUCUCCUUGCUUGGUUUCUGCUCUGAAGGUUCUAAAAGAGCAAUUAUAUAUGAGUUUUUGGGAAAUGGGUCCCUUGAUAAGUUCAUCUCAAGCAACAACUCGGUCAAUAUGGAUUGGGAGGCACUAUAUAGAAUCGCGCUUGGAGUUGCUCAUGGUCUAGAGUACUUGCACCAUGGGUGCAAAACAAGGAUUGUACAUUUCGACAUUAAACCACAAAAUGUACUCUUAGAUGACAACUUCUGUCCCAAAGUUUCGGACUUUGGUCUCGCUAAGCUAUGUGAGAAGAAAGAGAGCAUCCUAUAUUUGCUAGACACAAGAGGUACAGUAGGGUACAUUGCGCCAGAGAUGAUCUCCAGAGUUUAUGGGAAUGUGUCGCACAAGUCAGAUGUGUAUAGCUAUGGAAUGUUGGUUCUUGAGAUGAUUGGUGCAAGGAACAAAGAAAAAUCUAAUCAAGCCUCUUCUUCUAACAGAAGUUCGAUGUACUUUCCUGAAUGGAUCUAUAGGGAUCUUGAAUUAGUAAAGUCGAGAAGGGAUAUUGAGAAUGGAAUCAACAACAAGGAAGACGAGCUAGCAAAAAAGAUGACAUUGGUGGGCUUGUGGUGUAUUCAUCCUUCUCCACUAGAUCGCCCACCGAUGAACAGAGUUGUAGAAAUGAUGGAAGGAAGCUUGGAUGCUCUUGAAGUCCCUCCUAGGCCUGUUUUCCAAAUCCCCACAGUGGCUUUUCAAGAAUCUUCAACAUUUUCAGCGGAUACCUCUGUUUACACUCAAGAAUGAUCCAAGAAGCCUCCUUGGAAACUAUUAAAGCACGAAAGCAGCUAUACAUAUAUUCAAAAAAAAAUUCUUGUAAAUGCUCUUUGGUGUUUGGUGGAUAAGUUAGAAGGAUGAAGACAAAGUAAUUAGGAUAAAGUGUAGUAAAUGUUUACAAAGAAGUUUCUAAUUACACUCCAACUGAAAGUUUAUUUUCCA